UUGGACUUCCAUCGUGAAGUCAAGCCAAAGAUAUCUGUACGAUUCCCUCCAAGAACGACCAACAACAUUCGAGCGCUGACCAACUGGGAAUCGAAAGCUCAGUACUUACUACAUGAAAUCAUCAAGUAUCAAAACUACUGUGAUGCCAUUGAAAAGAGUCUAACGCUUCAGGUUCAAGUCAAUGCAUGAAAAAAAUAGCCCCAAUUUCUUUUGUAUGCUCCGCUUUCAAGGUUUCGAGAUCAUUGUUGUUGACCCCCUUAGCCUGCUGCUAUUUUUGUGUUGAAAUUGAAUAAUAUUACUGUAAACUUUCUUCUUUCCUUUACCUUGUAACCUAUGCAGAGCCUCCUCCUGCUCUUACAUCUCUCAUAUGUCCUGGCUACCGUCCAGCCUUUAGCUUAUAUUCUGGAGCUUACAAAUAUACAAUCUUUCUUACUGGAAUACCCAGAACUCCAUUUGCGUCAUACCUUCAACUCCUCCAUCCUCACCGGUGUGUCCGUCAACUUUCACUCAUUAGACGAUGCACACAGAGUCUUGCAGGAUCCCAAUAUCCUGCAAACAUGGCCCGUUACGCUUCACGCUCGACCUAUGUCAAACUAUAGCAUAAACGAGAUACCCGGUGCUGCCCAAAAAUUGACAAGUCAGAAUUUAGCGUACCAGCAACUUGAUACGGAUGGAUCAGGCAUUCGCAUCGGUGUCAUUGACUCUGGCGUCGACUAUCGGCACCCUGCGUUGGGCGGAUGCUUUGGCGUCAACUGCAAAGUGCGCUAUGGCUAUGAUUUGGUAGGCGACGAAUAUAACGGAGACAUCGCAACCCUCAAGCCCGACCCUGACCCCAUGGAUAGUUGUGGCACCGGAUCAGGUGCUACAGGGCAUGGAACUCAUAUCUCUGGCAUCCUUGCCGCUGAUGACAAAGAGUUGAAUUGGACUGGUGUGGCUCCAGGUGCUACCCUUGGCAUGUGGCGUGUCUUCAGCUGCCAAAAUGUCCUCACGCCCAACGACAUCCUCAUCAAGGCAAUGGAAAUGGCAUAUAAAGCAGAUAUGGAUAUCGUCAAUCUGUCAUUUGGCGAAAAUGGUGGAUGGGCGGAAGAUCCACUUGCCGUUGUUGCUGAUCGAAUGGUCGAAGCUGGUGUGCAUGUGGUGGUGGCUAGUGGAGACUCUGGAGGGAAUGGCGUUUUUCUGACAGCUGCUCCCGCCACUGGACGAAAAGUCAUAUCGACAGGUUCAAUAGAUAAUCGCUUGGUGGCCGCCCAUGUUCUGGACAUCAAAGGGCAUGGAUCAAUAGUGUACAGAACCGCAGAUAACUUUCCUAUAUACAACCAAACACAUCACAGUCUAGUGUCUGUCUCAAAAUCUCUCAAUCUGUCCGUAAAUGCUUGUACGUCGCUUUCUUACAACCUCACAAACGCUUAUGUUGUGACAAAAAGAGGCGACUGUGCAGACUACACCCAAGCUGCCAAUCUACAGCAAGCUGGAGCUGCGGCUGUGAUUCUUGUCUCAUUGCAAGGCCAAGACACAAACAUUGGGCUGAUCUCUGUUGGUAUUCCUGUGGUUUCAGUCCCAUUUGACAACGGCGAACAAAUUCAGCAUUUGCUACGCAAAGAGAGCCGUUUAUCUGCUCGGCUGACAACUAUACUUUCAACCUUGCCUGUAUUGUCAGGAGGACAAGUAUCAUCUCUCUCGACGCUCGGACCGACCAACGAACUAGAGUUGAAACCUGAAAUAUCUGCUGUUGGAGGAUACGUGUUUUCAACCCUGCCUCGCUAUUUGGGUAGUUAUGGUACUAUGUCUGGGACAAGUAUGUCCAGUCCGUGGGUAGCUGGAUCCAUUGCCCUUCUGCUUGGCUAUAACAAGGAACUGACCCCUCAGCAAGUGAGAACGGCUUUGAUGAAUUAUGCACAGCCAGUGAAUACCACCAUUACAAACAAACCUAUGAUAGAUUCUCCAAUUCGACAGGGAGCCGGUGUAGCGGACAUUAUAUCCACCAUCGCCUGCGUAAAAAAACUCUCUGUGAACCCCCCGAAACUCAACCUAAACGAUACCCAGCAUUUCACCAACACACAUUCGUUGACUAUCACCAAUCACCAGGACUCAGAACUCACAGUGUAUAUAAGCUACCAAAAUUCGGCGACAGUGGCUGGAUACAAUAUUUCGAAUCCAAUGGAUUUUGAACCUUUAGAGCCAGUCAGCUUUUUGGCCAUGAGUCGUUUGUCCGACUACGCACACAUUGAUAUUGCAUCCAGUAAAAUAGUAUUACCGCCUGGUCACAACGCCACCCUCUCAUUAGAUAUAACACCCCCGACCACGAACAAUCGUUUUCACUCUUUCUAUGGUGGCUAUAUUGUCGUUCGUACGAGUGGCUGUACGGCGAGCGUACCGUUUAUAGGCAUGUCCGGCAACAUGAGUGCGCUUCCCAUUCUCGAUCGUUCACCAUCCACUUCUUUUCCGUUCCCCAGUAUUGGAAAUCCAAACAACACUAUUCUAGCAAGCAACGAAACCGGCCAGUAUGUUCUAAACCAAACAUUCCCGAGUGUUCUGGCCAGGCUGCUCACCGGCACGGCGAUAGCUCAGAUCCAAGUCCUGGACCAACACCACACUACCCUUGGCGAUGUGCCGCUGCAAAUAACGACGAACCAAACGUCACCCAAUCCAAGAGCAUGGGUGGUUCGUAACCUUCAGCGGACACUCAACGGAGCGACCGACUUCAAGGUCUGGAAGUGGGACUUUACCUAUCUUCCUGUGAACGCUACCGUGUACGGACAGAAUCGGCAAUUGGACAAGGUGCAAACUGUUACUCCAGGGACGUACCACCUGAAAUUGAGGACUCUCCGAGUGUUUGGGAACCGGAACAACAUCCAUGAUUGGGACCAAUGGACAUCACCUCCUCUUCAAGUCAAGAGUAUACCCUCCAAGCACCACAACCAUCCAUCCAAAGAAUAAAGUAUGGACGCCACCAUGAUGCGUUUAUUUUUGCAUUGUUACUAGGAUGAAUAAAAGUGCAUGGUUAUAGCAGCUUGUUUUUCAUGUUAUGUCACUUUAUUUCAUGUCAGGUCAUGCCAUGU